AUGCCAGAGACAACAUUGCAGUCAAAAAAGCUGAAGAUGAAUAUCGCCAAAAUGGGUUACGAAGAUGAACCCAUAGAAGAUUAUACCUGGUGUGUAGAGGUUCAGGAAGAACUUAGAAAUGGGUAUGAUGGUUUCUUGAAAAGUGAGGAGGUUGAUGUAAAGGAAGAGUUAAUGGAACCGAUGCAGGAGCCAACCGAUAAAGAAGAUAGACCAGAAGAAAAUAGAAGUUCCCAUUUUCAGUCGCAUUCUGCAGAUUCACAGUCAGAGGAGGAUUUGCAGCAGAAGCACAUUAUAGAGGUUCAGGAAGAACUUAGAAAUGGGUAUGAUGGUUUCUUGAAAAGUGAGGAGGUUGAUGUAAAGGAAGAGUUAAUGGAACCGAUGCAGGAGCCAACCGAUAAAGAUAGACGACCAGAAGAAAAUAGAAGUUCCCAUUUUCAGUCGCAUUCUGCAGAUUCACAGUCAGAGGAGGAUUUGCAGCAGAAGCACAUUAUAGAGGUUCAGGAAGAACUUGGAAAUGGGUAUGAUGGUUUCUUGAAAAGUGAGGAGGUUGAUGUAAAGGAAGAGUUAAUGGAACCGAUGCAGGAGCCAACCGAUAAAGAAGAUGGACCAGAAGAAAAUAGAAGGUCCUAUUUUCAGUCGCAUUCUGCAGAUUCACAGUCAGAGGAGGAUUUGCAGCAGAAGCACAUUAUAGAGGUUAAGGCAGAACUUGGAAAUCAUUGCAAUGGUAUCAUGAAAAGUGAAGAAAUUGAUAUAAAGGAAGAGUUAAUGGAGCCAAUGCAGGAACCGUUAAAUAAAGAAGAUAGACAAGCCGAAAAGAGAAUAGCCCAUAUUUCACCACAUCCUCUAGAUUCACAGGCAAAGAGGGAUUGGCUUCAGAGGCACAUUAUAGGUCCACUGACAAGGAGUGUUUUUAUUCAUGCUAACGCUGAACCACCUGAAUUCAGACGUGAAUCUACUGAACCAAAACAAAAACCUCUUGAAGAGAGACAAGGUGAGAAGCGGCAAGUAUCCAGUCAGCAAGGACCCCCAGAUUCCAAGAAAUGUCGUCCUGAAAACAACCAUGAUUUGAGUUUAACUAAAGAUAAGGAGAUCUUGAAAGAUAAGGAGAUCUUGAAUAUGGAACCUAUGACUUCAAAUGGUUUUGCUUAUAUAUGGCUUGGAGUUCGUGGUAGUUAUGGCGUCGUGCGUGGUCGCGUAUUCUAUGAAGUUACAGUAGAGGAUCACUUGGCAGUUCCUCACCUUGACGGGGAACAAUAUCCCCAUGUUGUACGAUGUGGGUGGUCAACUGAUUAUGCUGGAACGCUUGGAGAGGUGCCCCUCAGCUAUGGUUAUGAUGGAAGAGCAAAGGCAUUCACAAACCAGAAACACAAAGAUUAUGGAAAACCUUUUGGGAAAGGUGAUAUUGUCUGCUGCUAUUUGAACAUGGAUUCUGACCCCAUCUCUUUGUCAUUCAGUUUGAAUGGGAAGGCUUUGGGGAAGUGCUUCACAUUGACUCGUCGUAAACUAAAGGGAAUGGCUUUAUUUCCAGACAUCUUGACCAAGAAUUGUACUUUCAAGAACCAUCCUGAUGCCCCACAUUCAUCAGACAGCUGUGAUUCUUCAGAUGCAGGCAAGAAGGUGCUCCUCAUCACCUUGGACGAGGGUGAUGACCCCCCCGCCCCCCCCCCCAUCUCAACAGAUGUCUUCUCAGACAACAUUACGUGGCAACAGCAGUUUUAAUAAUCAUAAAGUUUUAGUGUAAGCUGAAAAUGUCACAUAACUCAUUAUCAUUCAUCUUCUGCAUAUGUACAUAUCCAUGUCAAGAUUUAUUUAAUGUGCACUUUGUUUAUUUAUGGUAAAGAUGUUAUACUGAAGUAAAUGGUUGAAUCCAGUGAUUAUUUAAAACUUGUAAAUUUCUAUGCUAUGUUUUCUAUACUAAUUUUUUAACCAUAAAUAAUUUUUAGGUAUUUUGUAUAUGCAUAAUUCUUAAUGAAGUUAUGAGCAAAUUUGUUGUUCAGUGUAUUUUCACUUUUCUUUGAAUUUACAGCUUUGUUAUUUUCUAUUCAAAGAUUAAGAACCCUUAAUUCAAUAGACUGUUUUUGGGGUGAUACAUCAGAAAGUCUUUUUGAAGAAUAUUAAAGGCCAUAAUAAAUCAUGAAAGAUAUUCUAACUUACUUUGAAAUAAGUAGAGCAUUUCAAAUGACAAGGGAUCACAUAGCCUAAAGUUAAUUGAAAUGUAUUAACCUAAUCAUAGCUUAAGUUCUAUACUGUGACACCCAGGUCAUUUCACUCAUUCAGAAUGACAUUUAAGACGUUACAUUGCGUUGUGUACAUUAAUGAGUAAUAUAAAUGAUAUUAACCCUUAAACGCCGACUGGACGUAUUUUACGUCGACAUACAAAAGUUUUUUUUAAAAUUAGCGGAAAAAUACGUAUAGGCUUACCACCCGAAAACUUUUGAAUCACGCGCCUUGGGGGAUGCUGGGAGUUCACGGAUCAAGGUGUUGUUUUGUUUACAAUCGUUACGCAGGCGCGCAAGCGCGAAUUUCUUUCUUGCCCCA